AGAGAAUAGAAAGCAGAGCAUUUUUGUCCUGAGAUGGAAGGGCACGAUCGUCAGUACAAGCCUCUCGCCAUCUCCAAUUUUCCUUCUCCGACCUCUGCCCACUCCAUAUAAACCCAUUUCCUUCUCCAUCUCCUGAAAGAAGGAAGAAAGAAAAAUAGAAAAACACUCUCUCUACCCCAAUCUCCAUUUCUCUCUGUAGAAAAGCCGCUCCGGGGAACCCCAAAUCGUUCCCCUUCUGAAAUUACCCCCCGCCGCUUAUUCUGAGUAGUGAUGGGUGUGAGCUGCUGCCGGUGCUCCCACACUUCCCACAUCACUGAGAUAAUCAUCACCAGCUUCUUUCGCCAUAAGUCCGAAAUAUAGAUCACCGUAAUCAAAAGUGGAAAGAAGGAGAAGAGACUCGGUUUUUCGCUGCGCUGUGACACUCGAUUCGGAGAAGUGUUCGAUUUUUUUACAGUGAAGGUUGUUUUGCCUGAGCUUGCCUUGUCAAUGGCAGCUUGAGGGGAACACACCAACGAACAACAAGAAAGGAACUUGUGGGGUGGGGAUCUAAGCAACAAAACAACUCACCUGUUUUCUUUUUUCCCAUUUUCUCGCAAUCUUAGAAAGAAAAAAAGCUACUGACUUUCAGAAACACCAUGGCGGCGUGUGCUAGCGGCCGCGACGUUGGCGGUUUGGGUACUGUCCUGCUUCAGACCCAUCGAGGUGGCGCUUCUCAGCCCCUUGAAUCGUUCUUCCUGCCUUCGUCUUCUUCUCCUUCUUUCCUCGGUCCAAGAUCCAUAGUCCGUUUCGACGAUUCGAACGGAUCAACAACAAGCAGGCCCUUCUUCACCUCAUUUGAUGCCGACGACAACGGCGACGACGAUUUAGACGAGUAUUUCCGGCAACCGGAGAAGAAGAGGAGGCUCUCGGUGGAUCAAGUCCAGUUUCUCGAGAAGAGCUUCGAGGUGGAGAACAAACUGGAACCCGAGCGCAAAAUCCAGCUGGCCAAGGACCUCGGCCUGCAGCCUCGGCAGGUCGCUAUUUGGUUCCAGAACCGCCGCGCUCGCUGGAAGACCAAACGGCUGGAGAAAGACUACGACCUUCUCCAAUCUAGCUACGACACUCUCAAGGCCGACUACGAUGGCCUUCUCAGGGAGAAAGACAAAUUGAAAGCCGAGGUAAUCAAUUCGCUGACAGACAAGCUGCAGAAGAAAGAGAAAGCGACGGGAAGCUUAGACUUGGCUCACAAUGAUGCAAUGUCUCGAGAAAUACCACUGGAGAAACCAAGUUUAGAUUCAGCAUCCGGUUGUAAGCAAGAAGACAUCAGCUCAGCGAGAAGUGAUAUAUUCGAUGCAGACAGCCCACAUUACACAGAUGGUGUCGUCCACUCUUCACUGCUGGAGGCUGGAGAUUCGAUCUCGUCGUACGUAUUCGAACCAGACAACCAGUCGUCGGAUCUUUCUCAGGACGAAGACGAUCAUCACAACAACAACAACAGCUUGUGCUGCAGAAAUCUACUCCCUGAUCAAUAUGUGUUCCCAAAGCUGGAGGAUGAGGACUACUCGGAUCCACCAGCAAGCUUCGAGGACCAAGCCUUCUGGUCUUCCUGGUCAUAAUCAAUCAAUCACUUGGCCGAUCUUUGGUAUAUAUAAAUAAAUCAUGUGUGAAUGGUAAUGUUUUUUGGUUUUUAGUUAUGGUUUUGUUUUUGCUGCUUAAGAGCAUAUGAUUAGAGUCAUGAUUGCAAAUAAAUAAGGAAUGCCUGAUCAAUUGAGACUGAGAAACACUAUAUUGUUGAAAAGCCUCCUAAAAUGUGGUUAAUUGGGUGUUUCUCUUUUUGUGUGGUGUUACCCUUUUUGUUGUCUAGUUAGUCCAUGAAAUCAAUGAUUGUGAUUAAAUAAAUGUACUUUUGGGUUAAUCACCCUUUAAUGAAGUUGUGGGGAUCAAAGGUCAAACAAAAGCAAUGCUCUUUUGGUACGUGGAAGCAAAUUAGUAGCUUGAUUAGUGGGUGCGCCCUUUCCAAGGGCCACAAUGGUACUUAAGAGGAUGAAUCUGUGUUGUAGACUUGCAUUAGAAUAGAAGGAUAACAAAUAUGUACUCCCCAUGAUGUGUCAAUGUGCAUCUUAAUUCUUAAGAUACGAAGUGGUAGUUUGCUAGUGGUGGAAGUCAAAAGUGGUCAUUCUUAUCAAUUGUCCUUUUUUUCCUUCAAAGUGACACUAGGAUGGUUUUUUAUAUACUUUUUACCUAUCAAGAUUAUGACAUUGUUUCAUGUUUUUUACUAUAUGCAUUAUAGAGUACAUCAUUAAGGUAUUGGUUGGUGAUAUGUAGAUUAUAAAAUUAAGGUAUUUGGGAUAAUAGAGC